UGUUGCCAUUCCAACACGACAUUGCCAACUCAAACCAUCGAGCAAUCCCCCUGAGUCCCACACUGCGCUUGUCUUUCCGCUGGUGGACAAGGGUACAACAUCUCACCCAAGGCACUCCGUUCAGAGAACCCCACCGGACUGUCAUUACCACCGAUGCCAGUCUCCUGGGUUGGGGAGCCCACUGCAACUCCCAGUUUGUUCAGGGAGUUUGGAACACAGCAGAACAAACUCAAAACAUCAACUGGCUGGAACCAAAGGCUGUCCACUUAGCUCUGCUUCAUUUUCAGUCUCUCUUCCACUUGGACCAUGUCCUCAUUCGAACGGACAACACGUGUGCCAAAUCUCAUUUAAACAGACAGGGAGGCACCAGGUCCAGACCUCUACAGAGCCUAGCUUCCAUCAUAUUCGACUGGGCAGAACAACAUCUGCAAUCCCUCAAAGCAGAACAUCUCAGAGGAAUUUGGAAUUUCACAGCAGACUGGCUCAGCAGACAACAAGUCUUUCCGGGAGAAUGGAAACUUCAUCCGACUGUGUUCCAUCUUCUCCAGCAUCGAUUCGGCCCCUUCUCAGUCGACCUCUUUGCUUCCAGUCGCAAUUGCCAGCUACCCAGGUACUUCGCUCGAUAGCUGGACACGACAGCGGAAGCGGUGGAUGCUCUGUCAUUGCCGUGGCCGGAGGGACUAUUAUACGCCUUCCCUCCAAUACCACUAUUAGCCAAAACCUUGCAGAAGGUACGUCGCGAGAGGGCACAGCUGGUUCUGAUAGCACCAUAUUGGCCCCGUCGACCGUGGUUCUCGGAUCUCCUGGCACUGUCGGUGACAGAUCCCUGGCCACUCCCAGUCAGGCCAGAUCUCUUAUCACAAGGCCCAGUAUGGCAUCAGGACCCCAAGUGGCUCAACCUAACAGCGUGGCAUUUGAAUGGGGACAUUUGAGAUCGGCCGGCCUGUCAGACGCUGUUAUUGACAUUGUUUUGGCCUCGAGAAGACCAUCCACCACUCGUAUAUAUCAGCAUACUUGGGUAGCAUUCUCCAGGUGGUGUCAGUCUCAACACAUCGAUCCUUCCAAGGCUACAGUACAACAAGUGCUGCUAUAUCUUCAUAGGGGCCUCAUGUUGGGACUUAGACCCAACACAUUACGUCGACAUGCGUCCACCCUGUCGUCCAUUCUUUCAGUAUCUUCCACUGACGCCCCUAUUGCCUCACAUCCGUUUAUCAAACGCUUCCUUAGAGGCACUGCUCUACGCUCGCCGGCUGUAGCUCACCGUUUUCCAUCAUGGAGUUUGUCAAAGGUUCUACAGGCCUUACAACGUCCUCCGUUUGAGCCACUCAGGACUGUGCCUUUACGUCUGUUGUCUUUCAAGGUCCUGUUCCUGAUUGCGAUUACAUCGGCGAGAAGAGUCUCGGAACUGGGCGCAUUGUCUUCUGCUCUCCACCUCUGUGUCUUUCACAAGGAUUCUGUUGUGCUGAAAACUGAUCCUUCAUUCCGUCCCAAGGUCAAUUCAGUUUUCCAUUGCAACCAGGACAUUGUUCUACCUUCAUUUUGUCCGAAUCCUACUCAUCCGCUCGAGAAGGCUUGGCAUUUGUUGGAUGUUGGGAGGGCUGUCAAGACCUACCUGUCCAGGACCCAGGAUAUACGACAGACUGAGUCUUUGCCCGUUGGCCUUUUUUCCUGCAUGUUUAGAUAUAUCUCUUUGGACUCGCUGCGAAUGAACUGGAGAGUGGGAGGGGCCUGACGCCCUAGUCUUGACUUCAGAAACAUUCUUGCCUUUGGACGAUAGGACGAGCUAUAAUCCAGCAUGAUGGCAUUCUCCUAUGAAAAUCACCCUUCAGGUGAGACCAAUGGUCCAUUCUCUUGUAUCAUUUGUUGAUGGUGGGGAGAUACUUGCAUACAUAAUUGAUUGCCACAGCCUUAGGGGCUUAUCUUUGUGUAAGUAGCAGUGAAUGAGACUGAAUAAAUAUUUUAGUGUAAUGGUCUUGUCUGUGCACAGAAACAUUGUGGGAUAUCAGAUGGAAGUUUUUAUCAGUAGGUGAAAGUGUACUUCUGUAAGCAAAGCCUUUGAUUGAGUCUUCCCUCCUCCUGCAUUGCUGUGUGCUAAUAUUCUGUACUUACAUCUUGUUCUGAUAUUGGUGGGGUUUUCUGAUUUUAAUAUACAUUGUACAUACUUUUAAUUGUGAGAUUUUUGUAACCUGCUCUGGGACCAUUUGGUGAAAGGUGGGUUAUAAGUUGAAUGAAUGAUUUAAUGUCUGACUCUGUGAAGGCCUAUGUAGAUAUUUAUGUAUUUUAUAUAAAAUAUAUAUUAAAAUUGGGGAACAGCUGCAGCACUAGGGGACUGAAGAAGACCUGCUGUGGGAGUGAGUCUCUGAGCAUCUGGGUGCUUGCUGCUUGCUCCUCUGGGUUGCUGACUUUUGAGACAUCUGACGUCCCUGGUAAGUGCUGCAAUGACUGGGACCCCCUGCCUGACCCU